GCUGGCCUCUUAUCAGUUUUGAACUUUAAACUAAACUGUUGUGUCUUUUCAUUUAGCGUGAGAAAAUCAUAAACAUUUUAGUGGCGACGAGGAUAAACUCGAGUUUUUUUUAGUGGAGUGAUUGUGGUUGCUUGGAAUAUAAUCCUGGUUACUUCCGCGCAUACGCUGUUUGGCGAGAGCGAUUUGUCCGAAGGCAACGGCUGGGACUUGGAAGUUUUGGAUUUCGAAUUGAAAUCUAGGGAAUCGCCAUAACCCUCUGCAGUGGUGAUUUUUCCCGGCGACGAUUCUCGCUGGAGGCCCAUUCUACUGCCAGGUAGCAACGGUUAAUUCCGGCGACGAUUCUCGCGGAAGGUAUAGUUCCGGGCAUCUGGUAAGCGAUUUAUUUUUUUAUUUUACGGUUCCGAUUAUUGGAAUAGUUUUUUGAUUACGGUGAUCGAAUCCUGAACAGUUCUGAGUUUGGGCUCUAAAUUGCGUUUUUUUUUAACAUUGAGUUUCAUACUAAAGAAAAAUUAAACCAUGGCUACGCACACUUUUGUUGCAACUAUCGAGCCUUACCGUAAGGGGUCGUCAUUCACUGACUGGGUGGAGCGCCUUGGCUAUUUUUUCGUAGUCAACAACAUUCUGGGGGAAAAUAGGAAGGCGCACCUUAUUACCCUGAGUGGCCAAGCGGUUUUUACCCAGCUAAAACUCCUUUUCCCUAAUGGGAAAUUAGAAAGUGCAACAUACGAAGAAAUCGUCGAAAAAUUGAAAACACGGUACGACAAGGUUCCAUCUCUGCGGGUACAAAGGUACCAAUUUACGCAUAGGGUGCAACAGCCAGGCGAAUCUUUGGAAGAUUUUUUAUUAUCACUCAAGAUGCAGGCAUCGUUCUGCAACUUGAGUGAUAACGAACUAAUGCUGGAUCGAAUGGUUGGGGGUAUCCGCAACGAAAACCUAAAAAUAAGACUGUUGAAUGAACCGGAUUUGACAGUUGAAAAAGCCGAGAACAUCAUCCUUACUUGGGAAAUGGCAGCUAACAGCAUGGCCAUGAUGGCACCUGCUGUUUCGAAUAACUACGCUCAGGUGGGUGCAGUUAGGCGACCGAUUAAGGAGCGUUUAGGUUAUAAACCGUACAACAGAGAACAUUACAAGCGUCAUCAAGCUGAGGACCACAACUAUAGCAAGUCCAAAGGAGGUUUCGGUUCUAACAAGAACAAGAAGAAGAAGCCAAACUAUUCAACAAUCAUUUGCGAUUUUUGUGGUGUGAAAGGACACCCGGUACGGAAAUGUUUCAAGAUGAAGAACAUGCGAAGGGAAGCGGUAAAUUUUGUUGAUCCUGGAAAUAUGAACAGCUGUGAAAAAUAUCUUUCAGAAUUGAUGCAAAAAGUACGGACCAAGGAUUCGGAUUCGGAGACAGAUUCGGAUUCAGGUGAAAUGAGUUGCAUGCAUCUUUCUACUAUUUUUAAUAUUUCUGAUCCAUGUUUUGUGAACGUUACUAUAGAGAACCAAACCUUUCAAAUGGAAGUGGAUUGUGGUUCAUCCGUGACAGUUAUGGGGCUUAAUCAAUAUUCUUCAUUUUUCAGCAAAAAACUAAAAAAAUGUGACAAGACAUUACUUGUUGUUAAUGGUUCGAAAUUGAAAAUUGCUGGUGAAGUUAAAGUUUUGGUAAAUUUUAAAGGUUUAGAAGCUAAAUUGAAAUUAAUCAUUCUACAAAGUGAACACAAGUUUACCCCAUUACUGGGUCGAGAUUGGUUGGACAUUUUUUUUGCUGAUUGGCGUAAAUACUUUUCAUCGUUUUCCGAGCUAAACAAAAUAUUAGAUCUAUCACCUGAAAGUAUUAUUGCUGAGGUGAAGAAGACUUAUUCUAACGUUUUUAAGAAAGAUUUUUCUACACCCAUACUUGGGUUUGAGGCGGAUUUAGUUUUAAAAACUGACAUUCCAAUUUUCAAAAAGGCUUAUGAUGUGCCUUACAGACUGAGAGAUCAAGUCAUAAGCUAUUUGAAUAAAUUAGAGAAAGAAAAUGUCAUAACUCCAAUAAAAACAAGUGAGUGGGCAUCACCGGUUGUAGUCGUUAUGAAAAAGGAUAAUAAUAUCAGACUUGUAAUAGAUUGUAAAGUUUCAAUCAACAAGGUAAUAAUUCCUAAUACUUACCCACUCCCAGUAGCACAAGACCUAUUUGCGAAACUAGCAGGGUGCAAAUAUUUCUGUGCCUUGGAUUUGGAGGGCGCUUAUACACAACUAUCCUUAUCAAAAAAGUCUAGGAAAUUCAUGGUUAUUAAUACUAUUAAAGGGCUCUACACUUACAACAGAUUACCUCAAGGGGCUUCGUCUUCGGCUGCUAUUUUUCAGCAAAUUAUGGAUCGAAUUUUAGAAGGGAUUGAACAUGUAUAUGCUUAUUUAGAUGAUGUUUUGAUUGCGGGUAAGAGUAUGAAAGAAUGUAAAAACAAACUUUUUAUUGUUCUUGACAAACUUUCUCAGGCAAAUAUUAAAGUUAACUGGGAAAAGUGCAAAUUUUUUGUUUCUGAAUUACCAUACCUUGGACAUGUUAUAAGUGAAUUUGGACUCAAGCCUUGCCCUGAUAAAAUAUCUACGAUUAAUCAAGCAAAAAAUCCUAAAAAUAUUACUGAACUAAAAUCGUUCCUAGGUUUACUUAAUUAUUAUAACAAAUUUAUACCACAUUUAUCUUCAAAGCUGUACCAUCUUUAUAGUUUGCUUAAAUCCAAUGUUAAAUUUGUUUGGGACGACAAAUGCACUAAAGCAUUUGAAAAUGCAAAAAAAUCAUUAAUAAAUGCAAAUUUUUUGGAGUUCUAUGAUCCAAUUAAACCAAUUGUGAUAAUAACUGAUGCCUCAGGAUAUGGAUUAGGUGGAGUUAUGGCACAUCUCAUUGAUGAAGUUGAAAAACCAAUAAGUUUUGCUUCUUUUUCAUUAAAUGAAGCCCAAAAACGUUAUCCAAUUCUACAUUUGGAGGCUUUAGCUUUGGUUAGCACAGUAAAAAAAUUUCACAAAUAUCUCUAUGGAAAAAAAUUCCAAAUUUUUACAGAUCAUAAACCUUUAGUAGGUAUAUUUGGAAAAGAAGGAAAAAAUUCUAUUUUUGUGACCAGACUUCAGAGAUAUGUAUUGGAAUUGUCCAUUUAUGAUUUUGACAUCCAAUACAGGCCUUCUUCCAAAAUAGGUAACGCAGAUUUUUGUUCGCGUUUUCCUUUAGAACAGUUCGUACCUAGCGAAAUUGAUUGUGAUUUUAUAAGAAGUAUAAAUUUUAGUGAUGAUUUUCCGCUGGAUUAUACUCAGAUUGCUAAAGCUACACAGGAAGAUCAAUUUUUACAAACUAUCGUUUCGUAUUUACAAAAAGGAUGGCCGGAAAGAUUGGAUAAAAAAUUAAUGGAUAUUUUUGCUAACCAACAUGAAUUGGAAAUGGUGAAUGGAUGUUUGCUUUACCAAGAUAAAGUUGUAAUACCAUAUCAAAUGCAAAACCAAGUGUUGAAACUCUUACAUGCUAAUCACGCUGGCAUAGUCAAGAUGAAACAGUUGGCUAGACGAUCGGUAUUUUGGUUUGGAAUCAAUACUGACAUUGAAAAGUUCAUAAAUGACUGUGAUACAUGUGCAAGCAGAUUAAUAGUCCCAAAAUCAAAAAUAACAACUAAAUGGACACCUGCUUCGAGACCUUUCAGCAGAAUACAUAUUGAUUUUUUUCAUUUCUCGCAUCAUACCUUUUUGUUGACUGUUGAUAGCUUCACAAAAUGGUUGGAAAUUAGCUGGAUGAAAAAAGGGACGGAUACACAAAAAGUGUUAAAGAAACUAAUUGAAAUAUUUUCCAGAUUUGGGUUGCCCGAUAUUUUGGUAUCGGAUGGAGGACCUCCUUUUAAUUCACAUAAUUUUAUAACAUUUUUAGAAAGGCAAGGUAUCAAGGUAAUGAAAAGUCCUCCAUAUCACCCCAAUAGUAAUGGUCAGGCAGAAAGGUUAGUAAGGACUACUAAGGAGGUUUUAAAAAAAUACCUUAUAGAUCCAGAAUUUGCAAACUAUGAUUUAGAAGACCAAAUUAAUUUAUUUUUAAUUAAUUAUAGAAACACUUUGACAAGUGAUGGCAUUUCUCCAUCUGAAAAAAUGUUAAAAUUCAAGCCUAAAACCUUAUUAGAUUUAAUAAAUCCUAAAAAACAUUAUAUAGCUAAAGAUAUUCCACUGACUGAUGAUUAUAAAGAAUAUUUUAAACAAAAAUAUUCACUCGAAAGAAAUGAUCCUAUAGACGAUCUAAUUGAAGGAGAUGAGGUGUGGUAUCAAAAUCACAAUCCACAUAAUCCAGUCAGAUGGGUAAAAGUUCAUUUUGUAAGACGUGUUUCCUUAUAUACCUUCCAGAUAUGGACUGGAAACGGGCUGGUUCUCGCCCAUCGGGAUCAGCUGAAGGUGCCGAGGGGUACUAAAACGCUUCAACCUGGCGCGAUCAUCACCAGUACAUACGAUACACUAGGGGACAACAACAACCAACGCAUCUCAGAAGAAGAAACGGAUGAAGAAUUCCUGGGUUUUCCUGAAGAAGAUCAAGGCGAUGAUCUAUGUCAGGUCCAGAAAAAAACAAGAAAAAGAAAAUACGACGACUCGGCGGCAAUGGCUACUGAGGCGACUGGACUCAGACGUUCAAAACGUAGGAAAAAGCCUAUCGAAACCAGUGAUUACGUUUUUUGGUGAUGAUUAUAAUGUCGAUAAUUUAUUAAUGUAAAAUUAUGAUAGGUUAUCAAAUUGAAUUAUAUAAUGAAUUUUUAAAAUGAUAUAUGUUAAACAAAAUUGUAAUACAACACUUUCAAAGAGGCGAGAAUUGUAAUGUCUUAAGAAUUCCGAUCGUGUAAUGAUUAACGGAAUUACACUCAGAGAAUGGGUACACGAUACACGAAGGUGAAUACCUUCGUGCUGGAAUAAAAGGAGUCAAAGCGUAAGAGCUGGCCUCUUAUCAGUUUUGAACUUUAAACUAAA